AUGCAGCUGACGGUGAAGGCGCUCCAGGGCCGAGAGUGCAUCCUUCAGGUGUCUGAGGACGAGAUGGUGUCUUCGCUUAAGCUUCUGGUCUCCGAGCAGCUAAACGUCCCUGUGCGCCAGCAGCGGCUGCUGUUCAAGGGCAAAGCCCUAGCAGAUGGGAAGCGACUCUCCGAUUACAGCAUUGGCCCCAAUUCCAAGCUCAACCUAGUGGUCAAGCCUCUGGAGAAGGUGCUCCUGGAACAGGGCCCUGCCCGAAGACAGGUGGAGACGCAGUCCCGACCCCUGGCGCCACCCUCAGAGGCUUGGCAAGUGAUCGCCAAAGUUCUGGGCCGACACUUCAGCGCAGCAGAUGCCAACAGGGUCCAGGAGCAACUCCAGCGGGAAUACGAGCGUUCUCUGAGCCGCCUGACAAUGGAUGACAUCGAACGCCUGGCCAGCCGCUUCCUGCACCCCGAAGUGACCGAGGCCACGGAGAAGGGGCUCUCCAAAUAA